AUGUCGAGCGAGGUGUUCCUGCUGUUCGAGGCGGCGCCGGGGCUGCUGCUGCUGCGCGUGAAGGAGUGGGACAGCAUUGCGCAGGACACUGACGCAGUGCAGGAGGCGUGUGGAGACGCGCAGCGUUUCAAACAGUUGGUGUCUUGCGAAGCCUUUUACCCCUUUACAGACGCAGCAGAGGCUCUCGAGACGCUGGUGGGGGUGGCGGGGGGCACUGUGCCUCCGUGCAUGCAGAAGUUUCUCGAGCUGCACAUGCCUGCUGCUGUGCGGGGGGCCGGGGGCGGCAAGAAGAAGAAAGCAGCUGCAGCGGGGGGUGCUGGGGAGUGCUGCUUGGGGGUUUGCGAUCCCGCUCUCGGGAAGUCUCUCGGAGAUCUCGGAUUCAACAUCUUGUACAACCCCACGAUGCUGGAGCUGCACAGGGGAGUGCGCAUGCACCUGCAGGCGCUGGCGAAGCCCCUCAAGUCUUUGCCGCUCACCAAGUUUCAAGUCGGGCUGGGCCACAGCUACAGCCGCGAGCUCAUGCAAGUGGACCCCCGCAAGCAAGACAAGCCCAUUAUGCAGUCCAUUGCCCUUAUUGACUCGCUAGAUAAAACUAUUAACACUUUUGCAAUGAAACUCAAGGAGUGGUACGGCUGGCACUUCCCAGAACUCGUCAAGAUCGUCCCGGACACCGAGGCCUACUGCAAAGUCGUCUUGGUGGUCAAGCAGAAAGAAGAAUUCAACCAAGAGGAGGGCGGGGAGGAACUGCUGGCUGCUGUGGGCAACAGCGAGGAAGUGGCAGCAGAAGUUGUGGCCUCCAUGAAACACUCGAUGGGCCAGGAAAUAUCUGCAGAGGAUUUCGCAAACAUCGAAAGAUUUGCACAACAGGUGCUGCGGCUGUGCGAGCAGCGGCGGUCGCUGCAGGAGUACCUGAGCAGCAAAAUGGAUGUGGUGUCGCCCAAUUUGAAGGCAGUUGUGGGCGAAGUGUUGGGGGCUCGGCUUAUAUCGCAUGCAGGGGCUUUAGUGUCGCUCGCCAAGUACCCAGCCUCUACAAUUCAGAUUCUCGGGGCGGAGAAGGCUUUAUUCAGAGCCUUAAAGGCACGCAGCGGCCGCACCCCCAAAUACGGUCUUUUAUUCCACUCCUCUUUUAUUGGCAGAGUGCAGCAGCAGAAGCACAGAGGCAGAAUGAGCAGGUAUCUGGCCUCCAAGUGCGCCCUGGCCGCCCGCAUUGAUGCCUUCAGCGAUGAAGCAGAUCAGCCAGCUGGGGACCAGCCGCGGCAGCAUGUCUUUGGCGACAAACUGAGAGAGCAGCUUGAAGAAAGGCUCAAAUACUUGUCCGACGGCAUAGUGCCUCGAAAGAACCUGGAUGUGAUGAGGGAGGCAGCAGCAGAAGUGGAAUCCCAACGCGCUGCUGAGGCGAAGGCUCUGAAGAAGGCCAAAAAGAAGAAGGCCAAAGAAGAAGCAGCAGCAGCAGCAGCAGCAGCAGCGGAGAAUGGGGAAGAGGCCGAGGAAGAGGAAGUGCCGAAGAAGAAAAAGAGGCAUGCAGAGCAAGAAGCUGUGGAGGCUGAGGCGGCAGAGCCGGCGGUAGAAAUUAAGAAAAAGAAAAAGCACAAGAAGCAUGCAGAAGUAGAAGCAGCAGCCUAA